GCAGCCGCUCUGAGCACUUUCGCAUAUCAUUUCUAAUGGGACUGUAUUUACUGUCAACACUAAAGUAGUCAUAAGGAUAUUAUUAGUUAUGCAUUAUUAGUAGUACGUAAAGACAUGAGCACCAGAUACAGAUCCUCACCGCCGGACUGAUCAAUAAACCAACAUCCUCUUUCAUCAGGACCAGCUGUAGGCUAUACCUGGAGGGGGGAAACAGCAAAGAAGUGCAUUUAUAUUUAUAAACACGUGGAUUUUAUAUAUAGUUAGAUAACAUAGAUUGUGCUAUUAUAGAAAUGUUGGAUGCUUAAAUUCGCUGUCUAGUACCUGUUUUGGGUAGCGCAGUCGAGAAUCAGUGGACUUCAUUGAGUUGCCCGUCAACAGUCAAUCGCUGGAUCCGGACACAAUGGAUCUUACACCAGUCGCGCUCCUCGUGUCCCUCAUCUCCGUGUCUCUGUCUGCGGAUAACGCGGGCAGUAAAGCGCGGAGCUGCGCGGACGUACGCCAGUUCUACAGCGGGAAAGGGUUCACGUUAAACGGCGUCCCCCAGUCCGAGAUUUCAGGGGAACAUCUUCGCAUCUGCCCUCAGGGCUACACCUGCUGCACCAGUGCCAUGGAGGAGACGCUGUCGAACCUGAGCCGCCGGGAGUUUGAGGGUCUGGUCAGGGAGGCAGGACGAUCCAUACAGGCCUCGCUCAAUGCCCAGUACAGGACAUUCGACACAUACUUCCUGGAACUUCUAAAUGGCUCUGAACGGUGGCUGGAGGAGGCGUUCGUGGCAGCUAUGGGGGAUCUGUACCGGCCUAAUGCGGGAGUGUUUCGCGAACUCUAUGCCGACCUGCGGCGGUAUUACAGUGGCGCCGCCCUAAACCUCGAGGAGAUUUUGGACGAGUUCUGGAUGAGGCUCCUGGAGCGUCUGUUGAAGGCGUCUGACCCCGAGACCGCCUCCCUGCUCUCUGAUGACUUCCUCGAUUGUGCCUCCAAGCAGACGGAGACCUUGCGUCCUUUUGGAGAUGCUCCACGUGAAUUGAAGGCCAAGUUGGUGCGGGCGUUUGUCGCUGCUCGGGCAUUUGUCCAGGGCCUUAAUGUGGCGGGAGAGAUUGUACGAAAGGUGUCGCAGGUUCCUCUGAGCCCGGAGUGCAAUCGCGCCAUUAUGAAGCUGGUGUACUGCCCGCACUGUCGAGGCCUUAGUUCAAUCAAACCUUGCAUCAACUACUGCAAGAACGUCAUGAAGGGUUGCCUGGCCAAUCAAGCUGACCUGGACACUGAGUGGCAGAGCCUUAUAGAAACCAUGCUACAAGUGGCGUCCAGUUUUAGUGCCGAGCCCAGUAUGGAUACAGUGAUCUAUUCCAUUCCUGUGAAAAUCUCAGAGGCUGUUCUCACCAUGCAGGAGAAUAUGGAAAUCUAUACCAGCAAAAUUUUUAAAGCUUGUGGUGACCGUGGCGAGGAAGGCACACCGAGCUCAGUAUCUGAUGAGCCAAAAAAGAAAGCAAGCACAGUAACAGCCCUUGAAUACAAACCAAGCCCCAAAUCUGCAGCCAGACUGGAGGUACAGGUCACAGAUGUGUCUAGUAAACUGAAAGAAAUGCAGUUGUACUGGAUCCAGCUGCCCUCGGCUCUCUGCAGUGGUAAAACAGCAUCGUCUGCCAAUGGUGACAAAUGUUGGAAUGGCAUGGCCAAAGCUAGUUACCUUCCAGAAGUUAUGGGCGAUGGGCUGGCCAAUCAGAUUAACAACCCAGAGGUGGACAUUGACAUCACUAAGCCAGACAGGACUAUACGUCAACAGAUCAUGCUGCUGAAGAUCAUGUCUAAUCGUCUAAAAAACGCCCUCAAUGGCAACGAUGUGGAUUUUCAAGACACAAGUGAUGACUUCAGUGGCUCAGGAAGUGGUAUGUGUGCGGACCACCUGUGCAUCCGUGGUAGGCCACCAGUCUUUGGGCCGAAAACUGACAGGCCCAAACUGUACACCUAUGGCCCUGAAAACAAAAAGGUCAAAGGCCCCGGAAACCAGAUCCAGCCUUCUGUCAUCUUACUGGUUGUGUUACUUGCAAGUCUACUGCUGAGACGGUAAUGGAGACACAGUACCGCUAAAUCGAACUUUGGGAUCUGGGUCAGGAAAUUUGGACAGGGUGGAGACAGGACACGGAAUGUUAAAAAUAAAAAAAUUAUAAAAAAAAAGAGAAAUGGUGAGCUAUUAAAAUUGCCAAAAAAAAAAAAAGAAACCUUGUGAGUGAAUGGACAUUUUACUUCCUCUGGGAUAAAACAGAGACAUGAAAAUAGCUGUAAAUGAAAUUUUUGUUUUUGUGUGUGUGUGUUUUUGUUAUAUUUUGUAAAACACGUCAGAUUUUAAGCGGUGACUUGUUGCAUCAAUCGACAUCUUGCUUUUUCUACCUUUGAAUGUAAAAAGAUGAACUGGAGAGGAAGAAUUCAGAUUUUAAUUCACAAUACGAGGUUUUCAGCCACUAAGCAACUUACCCACAAUUCUUUGCUCAUAAAGUCACUCACCAACUACACUGUCACCUUGUGAUUCAUUUCACCAUACUUGAGUUAUGCAAGGUCAUUUUUGUACAAAUGUCCAUUUAGUCUCAAAUAUUUCACAGACAACCAUAAUUAGGUAUGGCUAAAGGAUCAAGGGGCUGUUCAAACCAAACAUGUUUUUCUGUCCAUCUGCGGUUUUUCAAUUGUUAAUCUAUGUAAACAUAUUCUAGACGGAUGUCUUUGACUGUUGUGCCGUAUCUUGCUUUUUUUUUCAGUCUCUCACGCAGGAAUACGUCAAGGUAAAAGAACUCCCAUUUUUAAAACAUGCCUCGAAAUACCUGCGUUAUAUUUGUUGCAUUGAGUCUAGUGUUUUUAGUGCAAGAAUAUCUAGCACAAGAACAUCUAGCAUUUUUCUAGUGUAAGAACUUCUAAAAAAUUAAGCGCAAGAACAUCUACAAAUUUUUACCACAAGAACGGCAAGCAUUUGUUAGCGCUAUAACCUCUAGCGUUUUUUAGCGCAAGAAUGGCUAACUAUUUUUUUAGCGCAAUAACGUCUACGGUUUUUAAGUGCAAAAAUUGCUAAAGAUCUUUUUAGCGCAAGAACAUCUAGCAUUUUUUAGCGCUAUAACGUCUAGCGUUUUUAAGCGCAAGAAUGGCUAACUAUUUUUUAGCGCAAUAAAGUCUAGGGUUUUUAAGUGCAAAAAUUGCUAAAGAUCUUUUUAGCGCAAGAACAUCUAGCAUUUUUUAGCGCUAUAACGUCUAGCGUUUUUAAGUGCAAAAAUGGCUAACAAUUUUUUUAUUCAGUAAAUUUUUUGAUUCAGUCUCUCACGCAGGAGUGCGUCAAGCUAAAAGAACUUCCAUUUUUUAAAACAUGCCUCGAAAUACCUGCAUUAUAUUUGUUGCAUUGUGUCUAGUGUUUUUUAGCGCAAGAACAUCUACCAUUUUUAAGCGCAAAAAUGGCUAAUGAUUUUUUUUAGCGCAAGUGUUUGGUCUCAAUGGCCCCCUAAGUCAGUUCUGUUUUACAUUACAAAAAUAUAUUAACUUUGGCAUGAACAUUAAUUGAAAUAUAGAAACACUGACUAUAUAAGAAAUGAUAGGACAAAAUAAAAUAAAAAAUGGUGGUUUCUUUAACUGUGAUUCAUAAUGAAAGGUUUAGAUGAAUUUACAUUUAGUGAAUUUACAUACAUAAUGUCUGCAACAAUUUCAUCCGAUAACAAGCUGCAUUAACGGAUGAAUCUCGCAAAACUCUCAAAAAUGUUCCAGGUCAUAUUUCACCGAAAAUCUAAAACAAAGAAAAUAAGAAAUUAUAUUUUGCAUAAAGAAAUAAUGUCACAAUGCAAAAAUCGUAAUGGUUCUCCAAAUAGGCUUCACACUAUACAGUUGGGUAAGUAACCCAAACAAGUAAUCCACUACAAAUUACUUUUCUAAAAUUGUAAUUGAUGGGGGAAGUAAUCAUGUCACUAUUUACUUUUAAGUUACUUUGUAAAACACGUUUCACAGAAGCUUUUGUUUUUCUGUGAACAAAUUCAAAUGUCAAUGUUCCAUUCACUUGCGUUUCAUUCUUAAAAUGACUCGCUGUCAUAGUUGUUUGUUAUCACGGAAACAAAAGUUUUCUGUUUUAAACGUAUUCUAUGUUAUUUUAGAAUUAUAUGCAUCCCAAGUAAUGUACUUAAAAGCAACUUAAUUGAAGUUAAUUUAAAGAAUUUGAAACACGUGACUUCUUUUGACUUCAAAAGUAAUUGGAUUACUGUAACUAAUUACUUUGUAAUCAGUUUACACCCAAAACUCCUAAAAUCACUAAAUAUGAGUAUUUUUUCCUAUUGAUUUUAGGGUAAAAUAUGACAUCGUAAGAGAACACAACCAUCUAGUUUGAGAUGCUCUUGUCUGAAAUUGUUAAUAUACAACAAUAAAUGAUAGAAAGACAGCUAGGUACAAAAUAUUUGCUUCACUCACCCUGAUGCAAACCAUUAACUUGGAUUUAAGAACUGUUGGCUCAGAGCAGCACAAACUUAUAUCUGGAAUGUAAAUUUUGGAAUUCAUUUUGUAUGAGCACCGAUGGCUUACUUAUGUGUUUAUAAGAAGCAUGUGUCAGCCUUGAAUGAAUUGAUUUGCCUUGAAUGGAAUUGUAUUAUUAGCCAAAGCUCAUGCGAAGCAGUCAUUUACAGAAUGUACCAUUUUAAAAUAUAAACACCAGUCACUUUCUUGAAAUAAUCUCAUAAGGUAUUACAACAAUUUUGAUUCCAGAGCAAUAUGACUCUUUGAAAUGACUUGGACAAAAAGUUAAUAUCAGCAUCUAGUCCCUAAUUGUUGCAUUUCAAGAUGUGAAACAAGAUUGAAAUAUCCUUUAUUCCUCUUUUGUCAUCUUCUGAAGUUGAAUUACCACAUGACUCUUUUUUUAAUGCACAACUGCUGUUGAAUACAUACGGACCUUGUUUUGUCAAAUAGGUACGAUAUGUGAAGCAAAAAUGUAAAAAGUUGUGGAAUGUACACAAAGUACCUGAGAUGUAGUGUACAGUCUCUGUCACAGGAAGGUUAGUUUUUGUACUCGGUUGUCAUUAAAAGCACAUUGUAUACUCUUAGUCGAACGUAUGACUCAUUGAAUGGCCGUUGAGAAAGUCUCAAAUUUAACCGUAAUGUGUUCCAUACAGUAUGUCAGUGACCGAUUGAGCACACGCUCAUUUGAGCAUAUUUGAGGAAUACUGAGAUGUGUGUAUUGGGAAAAUUAAUUUGUUAUAUUUUUAGCACUAGCAUUUUGAUUUGAGGUUUGGAUUUGUAAAUUUGGUCUGUUUUACGUAAAUAAACAUGCACAUGUUGUUCAAACAAAAUGGGCUUUGCCAAUCUAAAUCUUUUUGUAUAAUUUUGAUGUUUAUGACCAAUGCAUUGCAAUUUCUGUACGCAGUAUUUUUGUCGUUUUUCAGUAAAAUCUCUCUAAGC